AUGGCGACCGGUCCAGCUACUCAAUCCCUCAAGUGUGUGGUGACGGGUGACGGUGCCGUGGGUAAAACAUGUCUCCUGAUCUCCUACACGACCAACGCUUUCCCUGGGGAAUACAUCCCUACCGUAUUUGACAACUACACCGCCAGUGUGAUGGUAGAUGGCCGCCCGAUUAGCUUAGGACUCUGGGAUACUGCUGGACAGGAAGAUUAUGAUCGUCUUCGCCCGUUGUCCUACCCGCAAACCGACGUGUUUUUGAUCUGCUUCUCCAUCGUCAGCCCGCCGUCCUUCGACAACGUCAAAGCUAAGUGGUUCCCGGAGAUUGAACACCAUGCCCCCAACGUCCCCAUUAUCCUGGUCGGCACCAAGCUCGACCUGCGCGACGACCGUGGCACCAUAGACACGCUCCGACAGAGAAAGAUGGAACCCGUCUCCUACGAGCAAGCCUUGACCGUGGCCAAGGAAAUCCGGGCACACAAGUACCUCGAGUGCUCGGCGCUGACGCAGCGCAACCUGAAGAGCGUGUUCGACGAAGCAAUUCGUGCUGUGCUCAACCCCCGGCCCACGGCCAAACCGAAGAACAAGAAAUGUGUGAUUCUGUAGAUCCCUCCCUCGGUGCAUGUCCGACUCAUAAUAUAAACAACUAAUACGGCGUCUGGGUUUGCGGGGCCUGCAACGCCCCAUCUUGAUGAUUUUGCCUUGUGUCCCCGUUCCGUGUUUUGGGGCCAUGAUCCGGAUGGUCUUGUCUAUUUUCUUCGGGUUCAGGAUAACCUUACCCUCUCAUUUCCUUCCCUCCCUUCUAAUGCAGUAUAAAGAUGUAACAUGCCAUACAAUACCACUCAAUGAACGUGUCACUUACGGGCGGUGGCCGGGGGACGGACUCGGAAUGUGAGCAUGAGCAGGUCCAUUGUAUGGUGUAGAGAUAUGUACUACCACGAAAGUAACGCACGCUUUGCUCGCUGCCAGCCUGCUACCGGCGACAUGCAGUGUCAUCGUCCCAGAU